CAAUAAUAUAUUUCUUUCAGAAUUCACACGUGAGCUAAACAAGUUCGUUUUGCAUAACGAAUUAUACACAUGUAAAGUUAAUAUCGUGAUUAGUGUUCAGCGCAAUGCCGAAGUCUAUCAAGCAUCUGAUUGUGGAUACCUCUGCAUUCAUAAGGGCGGCAAACCUUCAAGACAUUGCUGAAAAUGUUUAUACUAUACAAGAGGUUAUUGAUGAAAUAACUAAUGAUAGGCAAAGAAAAAAGCUCGUUGUCCUUCCAUACGACUUAAAAGUCAAGGAUGUCUUCGCAGAUAACAUAAAAUUCAUUACUGAAUUCUCGAAGAAAACAGGUGAUUAUUCUAGCCUCUCUGCUACAGAUAUUAAGGUUAUGGCACUGACCUACCAGCUAGAGAAGGAGAAGGUUGGCGGUACGGAACAUCUCAAAGAUGAACCGACUAUGCAAAAAUCUGUUAAAGUUACAGGAUUGGCUGGGUUUAACCUUCAUCCCAAUUAUGAAAAUGCCAAUCAGGAAACAGGUGAGAAAGACUCUAAUGCAAACAAUAACAAAGAGACCAGUGAACCUUUACAACAACCCAUAGGAGAGACUGUGAAUGUUGAAACUGGAGAGUCAUUUGAAGUCAAACACCAACAAAACUGUCAAACAACAACAAAUGAAACUGAUGAUGAUAAACUGGCUGAAGAAAUUUCAAAACAAAUCAAUGAUAUGGAUUUGAAAGAUGACAAAGUUGAUGAGCUAAUGGUUAAAGUCUCUGAUGAAGAGGCUACAGACAGCUAUGAUGAUGAUGAUGAUGAAGACGAGACAGAUAGCGAUGGUGGAGAAUGGAUCACAACCAAAAAUUUGGCUGAAAAACGAAAAGAGAUGGAACUUGGUGAAUUCAAAGAAAAAGAUGUUGAAGUUGCCUGCAUCACUUCGGACUUUGCAAUGCAAAAUGUUUUAAAGCAGAUAGGACUAAAUGUUACAUCAAUAGAUGGAAGAAUUAUAAGACAAUUACGUACAUUUAUUUUUCGUUGCACAACCUGUUUCAAAACAACUAGUGUAAUGACAAAACUGUUCUGUCCUAAAUGUGGUCAUGCAACUUUAAAAAAAGUUGCAGUGAGUAUUGAUGAAGAUGGUAAUCAAAGAAUACAUAUAAAUGGACGUAAACCUUUAACAGCAAGAGGAAAAAGAUUUAGUUUACCUACACCAAAAGGUGGUCAACAUUUUCAAUACCCAAUUUUAACUGAAGACCAGCAUAUACACAAAAGAUUUGUUACCAAAUUAGCAAGAAACAAAACAAAUGCUCUAGAUCCUGAUUAUACUGCAGGAUUUUCUCCAUUCGCAAUGAAAGAUGUGAAUUCCAAAUCGGCUGUCUUGGGGGUGCGUGCCAACAAUCAGGACAUAAAAUAUUGGAUGAAGCAUUAUUCUAAAGGAAAGAAGAAAUAAAUUGAAACAAACACAUUCUUAUUUAUUAACUAACUAGAACAAAUAUACUGCAGGCCUAAUUACGUGACCUACUUUAAAACAAGACAUGGGGAAAACAAAAAAUAUGCAUUGAUUACGUACAUAUUAAUACAUAGAUGAAUAGAGUAUUGCCAUUGUGAAAGAAGAACAGAAGGGUAAUACCAUCAUUGUACCAACCAAGGAUAAUGAACAGAAUCAGGAAUUGAGCCACCAUUAUAUACAUAUUUCUAUAUUAAUUUUAUGAUUCAGUACUAAGAAGAAGUUUCAUGUUAUAUAUCCAAAGUUAUUAAAGUACUACUCAAAAA